UUGGAGCAGCGCCAGGGUUUUCUUGGGAAUUGUAGUUGACAGCAGGAACCAGAAACGGUCCAAACGAGAGCCUUUUUAGGCGUUUACGUGACAUAAAAUUCAAAUUUUAAAUGUCAGGUGGUUCAGUCAAACGCUGAAGAAGGAUAUGCCUUAAUGUAUUUCAUACCUGAGGCCAGCCUUAGCAGCACAUCCCGUCCGAACGUCAUCCAGAUGAGGAAUGCUGGCAGUAUGCAGCUGGUUUUUAGAAGAGAUGCCGGAGUUUGGCCCCAAACACGAAGCCUUCUCUACAAGAAUCUGCUCAUCAAAUGGAGGACCAAGCAGCAGAGCCUCCAGGAACUGAUCCUCCCUCUGCUGCUCCUGGGUCUCCUUAUUCUCAUCAGCACAUUGAACCCUCAUGUUUAUUAUGGAGGCAUCCACACAGUGGAUCUGGAGAAUGACAACUUCUUCCAGAACAUCAAAGGCCUGGGCUACACACCCAUCACUAACAUCACCAGUCACAUCAUGGAGGAUGUGGCCCAUUUAAUAAGUGUGCAGGAUCGUCUGGAGAUGUUUACCAGCGAGGAGGAUCUGGAGAACGCCAGCCUGUACGAACCGUCCAGCUACAUUGGAGUGGUGUUCUUAGACAGCGCCGCCACGUCUUACAGACUGCGCUUUCCACACAACAAGCUGCCCCUCCCCAGUGACUACACAGAGUCCAUUGCCAGCUGUUACAGCAGCUUGUUGAAAUGCCGAGCUGCAAAUUAUUGGCUCUCUGGUUUCACCCGCCUCCAGUCCCUAAUUGAUGCAGCUAUUAUUCAGAUGCAGACCAAACGGAUGGUGUGGAACGAGAUGGAUUUGAAGGUGGUAAUGAUGGGCCAGCCAGGCUCCGUGGAGGUGCACAAGUUUCCCCAUGCCCUUAUCUCCAUCUACCUGGUACUGGCCUUCACACCCUUCGUCACGUUCCUCAUAGUCAACGUGGCAGCUGAGAAGGAACAUCGCCUGAAAGACAUCAUGACCAUGAUGGGGCUGUAUGACACAGCCUUCUGGUUAUCAUGGGGCCUUCUGUAUGCUGCUCUGGUGACUGCCAUGUCGAUCCUGAUGGCCGUCAUCGCCACAUACACCGCACUCUUCCCUAACAGUGACUUCUUUGUCAUCUUUUUCCUCAUCUUCCUCUAUGGAAUAUCAUCUAUCUUUUUUUCCUUCAUGUUGACUCCAUUAUUUAAAAAGCCAAAGUUUGCCAGCACUGUGGGCUCCAUGCUGACGGUGGUGUUCGGCUGCAUGUCGUUGUUCACUGUCCUGAUGCGAGACUUCCCACAGCCACUGGUUUGGCUUCUCUGCCUGCUCUCUCCCAGUGCAUUCUCAAUUGGGAUUGCACAGGUGGUUUACCUGGAAGCACAGGGAGAUGGUGCUGUGUUUUCCUCCUUGACCAAUGGACCUCAUCCGCUCUAUGUUCCUCUGCUCAUGCUGAUUCUGGACUGCAUUCUUUACCUUCUGUUGGCUAUCUACUUAGACCAGGUGCUGCCUGGUGAGUUUGGGAUUAAGAGGUCCAUGCUGUACUUCCUGAAGCCAUCUUAUUGGUCCAAACACAGAAAGCGCUACGUUGAAGUGAGCUCAGUGUAUGAAGCCGAGGCGAACGGCGCUCCUGGUGGAGAUGAGUGUGUCGAGCCUGUUUCUCCGGAGUUCAGAGGGAAAGAAGCAAUCCGCAUCAGCAACAUCCGGAAAGUGUACAAAGACAAGGAGAACACAGUGGAGGCUCUGAGUGGCCUGACGUUUGACAUCUAUGAGGGUCAUAUCACAGCUCUGCUGGGACACAGCGGCGCUGGGAAGUCCACUUUGAUGAAUAUCCUGUGCGGCAUCUGCCCGCCCACCAAUGGCUCGGCAAAAAUAUACGGCUCCCCUGUGGCGGAGAUCGCAGAGGGCUCAGAGAUGAAGCAGCUGGUGGGAAUCUGCCCUCAAUUCAACAUCAUCUUUGAUGUUCUGACUGUGGAGGAGCACCUCAGGAUAUUUGCUGCCAUCAAAGGGAUCCCACCUGCAGACAUUAACGCUGAGGUUACCAGAGUGCUGAAGGACCUGGAUUUGGAGAAAAUUAUGACGGCUCAGGCUAAGAAUCUGAGUGGAGGCCAGAAGAGGAAACUUUCAGUGGGCAUCGCCAUCCUCGGAGAUCCUAAGAUUCUGCUCCUGGAUGAACCCACAGCAGGGAUGGACCCCUGCUCCAGACACCAGGUCUGGUCUCUGCUAAAGAGCCGGCAGGCGGGCCGAGUCAUUGUGCUCAGCACACACUACAUGGAUGAGGCGGACAUCCUCGCUGAUCGUAAAGCUGUGAUCUCUCAGGGACACCUGAAGUGCGUCGGGUCUUCUCUGUAUCUUAAGAUCAAGUGUGGCGUUGGAUAUCAUCUCAGGAUGUCGAUCAGUGAGGGAUGUGAUGCAGAAAAAGUUGCAUCGUUGAUGAAGCAGUACGUUCCCAAAGCAAAGCUGUCCCAACAGAACAAAGCAGAGCUGACUUUCACUCUGCCCUUUGAGAGCAUGAACACGUUUCCAGGCUUGUUCUCAGAGCUCGACUGUCAGACGCAGUUGGGGAUAAUUAACUACGGUGUUUCUAUGACUACGCUGGAAGAUGUUUUUCUGCGUUUGGAGUCAGAAGCUGAAGUGGAUCAAGCUGACUACAGCGUGUUUAACCAAGAGCAGGCAGAGGACGAAUGCGACAACGCCUCUCUGGACGACACGGAUCAGCGCCUCCUCACCUUCUCAGACAGCAAGUCUGAUGUGGUGUCCGGUCACACUCUGUGGCGACAGCAGUUCAGCACCGUGGCCUGGCUGCACAUGCUCAACAUGCGCAGGGAGUGGAAGGCCUUCGUUUACACUCUGGUCCUGUUCCUGCUGUUUGUUUCUGCGGUUCUCGUUGUGUCGCUGGUGACAGGAAAAAUCCAGAAUCACUCACAGGAACGCCAGUUUCUGCCUAUUUACCUUCUGAAAAGGAACGAAGUGCCUCACAAAUAUGCCACGAGCCUCCUGGUGAAGAACUCAUCUGACUCAGAAAUUUCCGACUUUAUCCACAACCUGGAAUCACAGGAUAUCAAAGUGGAACUGAUGGAACAGACGGACUACAUGGCUGCAGCUCCGCACAGCGCUGCCAUAAAUGUGACACGGUCCACCAAGGGUUUUAGCUUCAGCGUCGCUUUUAACAGCACCAAUGUUCACUCCUUGCCCAUGGUCGUCAAUAUUCUGAGCAACGCCCUCCUCAGAGGUCUGAAUGGAACGGGGCAGAUCCGAACCUGGACCAAACCGUUUGAUUAUCAAAUCCCGGAUGCAACGUCUUACGCUCUGGUCUAUAUAGAGGCCAUCAUGCUGGGAAUGCUGGCUGCUGGAAUGCCGGCAUAUUUCGCAAUGGAUCACACCCGAGAUCGUGAGAUAAAGUGUCGUUCAACGCUGCGGAUCUCUGGCCUGUUGCCAUCAGCCUACUGGAGCGGCCAGGCGGCCGUGGACAUCCCCUUAUACUACCUCAUCCUGUCUUUCAUGAGCCUCAUCCUGUUCUCCUUCCACUCUGAAAACCUGCCGACAACCAGCAACCUCACAGCUGUGGUCCUCUGCACGGUUGGCUUCGGCCCAGCCAUGAUCCUCUUCACGUAUGUUGUUUCUUUUGGAUUCACACGAGUGCAGAGCAACAGGGACUUCUUCUCUUUCAUCUCCAUGAUGGUGUGUGUGGUGUCGGCCUCCAUCGUUCAGUUGUCGCUUGUGAAUGACAACCCUGAGCUUACAAGAACUCUGCAUAAUGCCUUAUGUCUCUUCAACCCCCUGUAUCCUCUGAUGGGUUGCCUCAACUGCAUCACCAAGGCAACAUUCUUUCCUGUUCUGUACGAGGAGAACUUCUUGUGGAAAAGUCUGCUCAUUUCUGUUGUAGCUCCUUAUCUGCAGUGCAUCCUUCUGCUUUUCCUGCUCCGAUGGCUGGAGAUCCGAUACGGAGGAAGGGCGAUGAAGAACGAUCAGUUCUGCAGGAUCUCAACCAAGUCAAAGCCCAAACUGGAGCGGAUCCCAGAGGACGGUCUGAAUGAAGAUGAGGACGUUCAGAUGGAGAAGGCCAGAGUGAAGGAGGCGCUCACUUGUCAGGCUUGUGAGGAGAAACCUGUUGUGGUUGUUAGUAACCUGAGGAAGCGGUACCGAGGCAGGAACGAAAGCUUUUCUUUCACCAAGAAGACUAAAGUAGCAACAAAGAACAUUUCUUUCUGUGUUCGCAAAGGGGAGGUUCUCGGACUGUUGGGUCCCAACGGAGCAGGAAAGAGCACGGUCAUGCACAUGCUUUCAGGUGACACUGACCCCACAGCAGGCCAGAUCCUGAUGGGAGACUACAGCACUGAGUUCCAUCCGGUGGAAAAUCCUCUGGAACACGUCGGCUACUGUCCCCAGGUCAACCCUCUGUGGCCCCGGAUCACUCUGCAGGAACAUCUGGAGGUCUACGCUGCCAUCAAAGGUCUGAAGGGGCACGAGGUCCCGAGCAUCAUAAAACGAGUGUCGAAUGCGUUGGAGCUGAAAGAACAUCUAAAUAAACAGGCCAAGUGUCUGUCUGCAGGACUAAAACGGAAGCUGUGCUUCGCUCUGAGUAUGAUCGGGAAUCCUCAGAUUGUCUUGCUGGAUGAGCCGUCGUCAGGAAUGGAUCCCAAGUCUAAGCAGAGGAUGUGGCGGGCCAUGCGUGCUGCGUUCAGGAACCGCCAGCGCGGCGCCGUGCUCACCACCCACUACAUGGAGGAGGCCGAGGCCGUGUGUGACCGGGUUGCCAUCAUAAUUUCUGGCCAGCUCAGAUGCAUCGGCUCCAUCCAACACCUGAAAGCAAAAUACGGUCGGGGCUACAGUCUGGAGGUGAAAUUGAGGGAGGAGCUGACAGGACUCCAGCAGGUGGCGCUGCUGCACAAGGAGAUCCUCCGAAUCUUUCCCCACGCUGUCCGACAGGAGAGCUUCACCACUAUGAUGGUUUAUAAGAUCCCCAUGGAGGACGUCAAGUCGCUGGCCCAUUCUUUCUCCCAGUUAGAGAGCGCCAAACAAACCUUCAACUUUGAGGACUACAACUUCUCCCAGUCAACACUGGAGCAGGUGUUCCUGGAGUUUGCCAAGGAGCAGGAAAAUGACGAGGAUGAGGUGGGACCCCUUAGCACGACCUUCCAGUGGCAGCGCCUGCGGCAAGACGGCUCCGUCUCCGUCAACCAUGCAGACAGCAUCGUGCACCAGCUCUGAACUCACGCGAGAUCGAGCGCUUGCUACGCGCUCUCUGAAAGUCUCUAAGGGCCGGCGGACUGGGCGUGGCUGCACAGCGUGGACGUGUGCAUGUGUUUAAUCUUCGUCCACCUUUGCUCCGUGUUCUCGUAAUCACACCUACCCAGGUCCUUCCUCGGCAUGCUAAAGCCACAUUUCCUUCUCUUCCUCCUGACAUCUUUGUUCUUCACAGGGAUUUAUUUUCUUGGGAUAAAUUCAGAUAUUUUGGAUCUCUGGUCAGGUGGCCUGUUGGAUCGUAUCUUUACAUGUUUUUAUUUGCUGCGUUUGUGAAAAUGAAAACUUAGAUUAAUCUGUGAUCGAACCAAAGCAGCACAUCUCUGAAACCUUUAGCACCUCAUCACAGACAUUACUGCUGCAACCUUACUGAAUUCACCCGGAGGGGCGCUGCAGCUCCAUCAGCAUCCUGACUACGCAGGUCAAAGUGAGACUAAAGGGAACGUCGUUGAAUACCCACACCAGUACAUGUAGCACAGCGCCCUCUACCCUCAGGCUUGAAACACUGCAGCUGAUGGAGUGGGUCUUUUUGUUAUGAGUGGAUGUUUUACCUGAGAGAAGCAUUUUUAACUCUCUGACAACUCUUAGGAGUUCCUCACUUCCCGGUUCAUCACUUUGGUGCCAAUUUUCUUUACACAGAUGUUUGAUUUCUUCAGCUUUGCUCCUGUCUAUGUUGGUAAUGCUGUAAAUACUGACUCUGUGUCACUGCAGAUGUUUCUGCAGGAACUUGUACUCAUACAAGCAGGUGCAUCAUCGGUGCAAUACCUAUCAAGAAAUUGUAAUUUAUUUAUGGCAUUCAGGGGAAAGAUCAGCAGGUUAAAGGGAGAUUCCUUUUUGAACGGCAGAUUCUUGUCAGGUAAACCAUCCGUUUCUGUUUGUCAGUGUUGUUCCUUCUCAUCUCCAACAGAAUGAGUUUUUUUUAAUUAUUAUUGGGUUAUUUCACUCAAUCAGAAACAACAGACACUACAGAUGAAAUUUGGUUUAUCAAGUUGGACUUUUCACAUUUUAAAUGUUCCUCACAGGAAACUGUUUCCUCAGACAGUCAAACACUGAGGCUGCCUUCACUUUAACGUGUAUUAUUUGAUGUUUUCAUUCAUCUCAUUGUUAUUAUGAGAUUAAUGUGUUUGUUUAAAAUGUGGCCUACCAGAAAUCAUCCAUCCUCAUUGCACUUCUCCUGCUGCUCCCAGGCCAGCAGCAGCAACACUACAGGAAGACCAAAAUGUUUUCUCUUCUGUGGGAAGUGGAGCAGAUUUCUUUUUUUUUUUAGGUGUUGGUAUAUUUACACUGUUUCUGGGAAAGUUUAUAAUUUUUGUUUUAAAAUAUGCAAUCUUUGUAAAUUCUCUGUCGACUGACUUUCUUAUUUAAAGGGUGUGGUUUGUCCGUGUUGUGUUUGCUCUCAUGUCGUCUCUGUGUCGGUGAUGAAUUUUGUGGUCUCUAUUUAACCUUUUUAGGAAUAAUAAAUGUUUGAAAUAAAAAUUA